AUGUCUGCUUCUCUUGUGGUUGUCAACCAAUAUGGACGGAACUCGCAGUUUUCACCAGAUGAGGAACUACUGGGGUCUGGAUCCUACACGGAUGACAGAACGUAUGACAGCUUGGAUGGGAGUUCUACAGAGCUGACUGAUGUGUUUGAGGAGGAGGAGGGCUGUUAUAAGGGGUCGUCAUGGAGUCCACCUGUAGCUGACCUCCAACUGAAGAUUUCUGUCCAGCUAGAGAACUAUCUUUCCAACGAUAGCCUAUCUGGAGAUGCUUUCCUCCUGAAACAUGUUCAGAGGAACAAGAUGCAGUACGUCAGUCUGAAGCUGCUGUCUUCGUUCAAAAAGAUCAGGGAGCUGACUCGUGACUGGAGGACCACUCUGGCCGCAGCCCGAAUAUCAACACGGCUGGAGGUGAACGACGAGGGGACCAAGGUCAGGCGAAGGGAACCUGUGCCUGACUGGCUGCUAUGUGUCCCCACCAGCAAGCUGCUCCUGGCCUGGAACCUGCUUGGGGGAGUUUGCGAGGGGGAAAGUGGAGAACCAGGCAGGGAGCAGGUGGACCUGAUGGGGAUGGCCAUGCGACUUUUCGGUUGCCACGGCACCAUCACCUCCUUGCGCAUCCUCCGUCCGGGGAAGGAGGUGCCCGCGGAGUUGCGGCGCUACGCCAGGAAGCACUGUGAGCUGGGAAAGGAGCUGUGUGCCGUGGUGGAGUAUGAGCACCUGGAGGGGGCGCGGAAGGCCUGUGAGGUGCUGCAAACCCGGCAGGGGGCCAGCACUGGUGUCAGGGUGGCUCUCCUGGGAAGCAGGAGUGUGCGCAAAACGGAUAGUGGUCAUGACCCUAACGAGGAGUCUGAGGAUGGAGUGGACAGUAUAUGUUCUCGGAAGCCCCAUCAGCGCAAGGCCCGGCGCCCUCCAUACUGCCUGGAGGACUCCGCCCUGUACAGCUCAUCUGAGUCCGAUUUCACCCCGGCUUCUCCCAAGCCAAUCCGCGUGGUCUCCCGGCCCCAGUCUCUGUAUGGCAGCCCGCUGGCCAUCCCCCGAGCCUCUUUUUCACACUCUAACCCUUACCGGAACCCGGUUACCAGCCCUGCAUCCAGCCCCCUUCUCCCUCGCAAGCUAUUUCCUUCGGGACACACUCCUUCCCCUCUGGCCACGGAUCUCAGUAGUAGUCCUUCUUCCUCCAGCAGCAACGGCCGAAGAAAGUGUUCUGGGGACUACAACUCCCAGGACGGCCUCUGUUCGGCAGGAAGCCCAUGGGUCCAGCGCAGGAAGACUGCGGCCCAGGCCUUCUUCCCCGACAAGGGAGCUCCAGGACCGGUGGCACCCGGUGUUCCCAGGAGGGUUCCAGGGUCUGUGGCAGUCCUCCGUCAGCCUCUAGGUCCUGAUGGUACCAAGGGCUUCUAUAACUGCAUUGGGCGGGGGAAGAUAGUCCUGCACCAGUGA